AUGAUGUUGGACUGCGAACAGAAAGAAGGCACGCAUGAAUGCAUGGAAACACUGCACAAUAAUCAAGACGUAGUAUCAACAGCCGAUAUACAUGAGAAUCGUCAUCAGUUGCAAGGCAUUCUGGCGGGUGCCGUAGUUCGACCAGAACCUCUUUUUUACAGAAAAACAAGACUCAUCAUAGAUACACAUUAUAAUCGUGAACACAACAUACUUCUCAAUGGAUUAGAAGAAAUAGAAUUCCAAGGCAUCAAACUUAUUUCACUUGACAAAUUGUUUGACAAUAAGCAUGAAAUAUUUCUUGGAUUUGGACUACCGAAUGUUUAUUUGACUGUUCCAAAUCAAAAUGGCGACGGAUACGUUAAAUUUGCUGCAUUCAUGAUUUGGCGUCAAUGUAGUGCAAUCAUCGAUACGAAAGGUCGUGUACAAUCGGGAUUUCUGAUUCGUUUUCGAAAUUUACCGCAAGAUGCAUUAGCAGCAAUUCGACAAGCCAUGUUGAAACAUUCAAAUAGUCGACAUGUGUCUUGUGCAUAUGCCAAUGCAUGUGUAUUAAGCUCGGCUGGAUUUACUUGUGAUGGUGCUGACUUGAAUAAUCAUUUUGGUGCUCGUUCUUUGUUUCAGCAAAUUUUUGAGGAUGGUUUGGAAUAUAAAGGUGAACCAUUAACGCUAGAUUUCAUACGUACAACUCGAUUAACACUCGAAGAACAUUUUAGUGAAGUACGGAAAAAAGAAAUCACCAGUUUAGGUCGAACAUGCAGGAAAGUUAUCAAUGAAUGCCUGCCAUCUGGGAGUCAUCUUCGAGCACCCUUACUCGAAGCAAAACUUACUCCAAUGAAACCGACCGUUGUUGGCGAUAGUGAUUCAUUGACACGUUUAGAAAUUUCUCAUCCUGGUUUCUUUGGAGCGACAAUAAGAAAAAUCAUUGGAUCGCAUACACUCUUUAAAUUAAUUCCAAACAAAGAGCAAGUCAACAUUAAUAAUUAUCUUCCACAAACACUUCGGGCUUUCGCAAUGAAAAAUCCAAGCUUGGCAACUCGAGUCAAGAAGUAUGUACUUUUCUCUCGUGCCAUUGUCGUUACAAUACGAAAUCAAAUGGCUUCGUGUUGGGAUGAUCAUGGAUAUUUUUCUCCUGGACCUUUGGCAUCUAUGAUGAGUAUUCACACUAAAACCGAGCCGCAUCCGUAUAAUAUAGUGAUUACUGGUGAUUUUAUCAUUGGUAUGCAUAAUACUCCGGGUUUAAAGCUCAUAGAUUGGAUGUUAUCAAAACAUGUUCUCAUAUCUGGUUAUGAUGAUGACGUGCGUUUUGCCGGUGAAGCUUGGAUGGAACAUCAAGAAGAUGGUUUGGUUCUUCAUUUGUCGAACAACUCUGGCACUUAUCAACCCACCAAUGAUCAACUUGAAACUGCUGGAAAAUAUGUUUCUGCUGCAUUACCUGGUCUAAAAGUAGAACUUCAUUCAAAUGCAACAUUGUCUUCAUCACCUUUGAAGCCAGUUCGCGAAGAAGUUAAGUUUUUUACAGUCAAACAUAUUCUGAUACUCAUAUUAGCAUGUAUGCUUGCUCUAUUUUUUCUUAUGUUUGGCAAAUCGAAAUCAACACUGUGA